AUGUCGAGUAAGGUAGUUCUUCUACCGGUGGGAUCUUCGAACCGGAGACAACCGCUUUUACAAACGGGAAAAAGUUCGUUAAAGGCCGGGACACGUCUCGGCGAAGCCGUCGGUGGAACGGCCGCCGUGUGUUGCUGCUGUCCAUGUGCGCUGGCGAAUAUUGUUUAUUUGGCGAUCUACAAAGUUCCGGCGAGUCUUUGUCAUAAAGCGUUGAAGAAGAGUAGGCAGCGUCGUCGUCGCCGUCUUCAGUCGACUUCCGGGGAAGGUAUGUUGCCGCCGAAGGCACUUAAGCGUCGUUGCACGUGUGGAUGUUGUGAUGAUAUUGGCGUUCGGGUGCAUCCCAUGUGUAGUGAUGAUGAUGAGGAUGUGGAUGUGGAUGUGUAUGUGGGGGUGAAAAGUGAAAGUUUGGGGGUGGAGGAAGAAGAUAAAGAGGCUAUGGAAUUGGAGAAAGAGAUGUGGGAGACUUUUUAUGGAACUGGCUUUUGGAGAAGCUCUUCUCAGAGAAAUAAAGAUUCUUCAUCUUUUUCAUCUCCUGAAUCUUCUUCAUCUCAAAGGGUGUUUUUUAGUGCUUCUUCUCCUAAUCUUCAGGGUUGA